AUGGCAGGACGUUCAGGUAGCCCCCAGGUAGUUGUAAAGACAGAGGAGCAGUCCAAUAGAGUCAUAUUCACCUACUUCCAGGGUGACAUCGGUAGCAUGGUGGACCAACACUUCAACCGUGCCCUCAGCAAGGCCAGUAAGACCAAGGCCACCAGCGGGAAGGGCAAAAAGAGCCGAAAGACUGUCAAAUCUGAGUCUGACUCAACAUCUUGCCAGUGGGUUGUUCCAACCCCAUCUUGGUCUGAAGACCAUUUUUCCCCUGUGUCUGGUCGCCUUCAUCUGAGCAGCACCAAUGAGUCUCUCUCCAGCCACCGUCAGGCUCUCAGCUCCCCAGAUGAGAGCACCAACCCCUUAGCCUUAACUCCUAGGCAACAUGGUGGUCUGGGCCUGCCUGCCAUGGCCUAUCCCCACUCCAUGUCCCAUGAGGGCCUGGGGGUCACUGGACAGCCUUACACCAACUCCCUGCUCAAUCUCCUCCACAGUGACCGGUCAGAGGAGGCUGCAGGCGUGGCCUCGGGCUCCAAACCAGAGCUCCUCCCUAGCUGGACAGGUCAACCUGGCUUCAGAGACCCCAUGAAUCCAGAUUCAGGAUGA